AUGUAUUCGUUAUUAAAAUAUCUGGUAUUACUUAGCAUUUUAGUUGGUAUAUUUAUUCCAAUAUAUUAUCAAUCAUCCGACAUCAAUCAUAUAAAGUAUCGUCUUAUCCAUCAUUACCUCACUUAUAAACAUCGUUUUUUCCCAAUUACCACUGACACACGCCAUGUCAGUACUGAAUAUCGAGCCUUUGAGGAAUUACUGGAAUUAUAUCCGCUUGUCAGUAUCGAUAGUAGAAUAACAGAUCCAUUGGAAAUAGUUAAAAGUCUACGACAAUCUUAUCAGUUAUCAACAUACAUUCCAAGAUCAUUAUCAUGUUCACUAGAAAAACAACAGUAUACGUACGGUGGUCGGUCAGUUGAUACCUAUUGGAUUAAUCGUGGUGCAAUCUCAAAUAACAAAAAUUUUAUUCUCUACUUACAUGGUGGUGGGUAUGUUUUCGGUGAUAUUGACAGUCACAAUGGUUUUGAAUGUUAUGUAUCAGAAUAUUUUAAAUUACCGUUGCUACAUGUCGAAUAUCGUCUAGGACCAGAAUAUCGACUACCAACUGCUGUGGAUGAUACUAUGACUGUGUACCAAUCAUUGUUAGAAGAAGGAAAAUAUACCUCGGAAAAUAUCGUUUGUAUGGGUGACUCAGCAGGAGGUGGUCUCGUGCUGCUGACAAUUCAAUCAUUAAUUAAACAACACCUUCCCGUACCACGUGGCAUUAUUCUCCUCUCCUUUUGGUCCGAUCUAACACUUAAUGGCGAAAGUUAUGAAAAGAAUCGUCAUAUUGACAAAAUGCUUCCCAUCGAUGUUCUUCGUUUUUUGGUUUCACAAGCUGUCGAAAAUCAAUCAGAUAUUAUAAAUUAUAGUCCUGCAUAUCACUCAUUUGGACAGUUCCCGUCUAUGUAUCUAUGCGCAGGCACAGGUGAAGUACUAGAAAGUGACACCCGAAGUGUUUAUAAAAAAGCAAAAGAGAAAAAUAUAGAUCUCACCAUUGAGUUAGGACAGUACAUGAUGCAUAUUUAUCCUUUGUUUUAUCUAUAUGCUCCAGAAUCACAACAAACAUUGAAAAAUAUUCGAGAAUGGGUCAAUAUAAAAUUUCAAGGAAAUUAA